GAACCCCGGGAGAUUUAAAUCGCGCCUUACUAGUGAUGACCAUUCGCUAGGAUAAUACUGGGAGAGAUUCUUUUGGCUAGAGGGUGUUGUAAGCGUUUCAUUUUCCUUGCUUCUUUCUCGUGCCGUUUUCGCGGACGUUUUCUUCUGAGUUUUGCUGGCCUUCCACGGGAGAUGGAGCGUUUGCUGCCGGUGUGGCAGGUGUUGGGGGGAGACAGAAACUGCUUCGCCAGAAAGGAGAUGUGUGAAGAGUCUUGGUCCUCUAGGAUACAGACAGUGAGUGUGGGAGUUAGCACAGAGCCUUGCUAUGCCAGGUGGGAAGUAGAGACAGACGAAGUUAUUCUCCAGCGGUGGCAAAAGCAGAUAGAUUAUGGCAAGUGCACACCUGGCUACCAGUGCUUUCUGCACUAGGUCCUCAAG